CUGUACUUUAAAGUUCGAACAAAAAAAAAAAAAAACAAUAUUGUUUAUUUUAAAUAGGUCUUUUUUUUUAAACAAUAACUGUACUAGUUUUAACUACAUUCUUGUUCAGUAUCAAAUCUGCAAGUAACAAUAAGUAAAUAUUCCUUGCUUCAAUUGAGUUUAAAGAAUAAUAACAAGAAAUAGCCCAUUAAGACAUGUUGUCUACAGUUAUGACUAAUGACAUUCACUGGGGUCGUUAAACAUUAAGUCAGUAUCUGUGACCAAUCAGUCCCAAUGAAAAAUAGUACAGCUUUGGUGAAAACAGUAGAAAAUGUACAAAAGUUAAAACGAAUUUGGGCUAAACAAAGAGAAGAACAGCAAACAGAAUUCAAUACAGAAGCACGGAAUACAGUACGACGAACAUUAUUCAUAGAGCAGUCAUCUGAUUUAGAGAGCAAUGAUAAUAUUUUGACCAACUCCAAUGAAAACAAUCUUAGUUUGGCGGCUUCAUAUGCGUCUGAUAACAAUUUGAAUAAAAAAACUGUCGGUAACAUGCCUGCUAAUAGUCAAACACCACCUGCCAAGGAAAUCAAAGAACGGGAGCCGGAAGUUAAGUUGGGAGUUGGAGCUGAUUGCGGAAUCAAAGACGUUUGGGCUCAUAAUUUAGAAGAGGAGUUUGCUGCAAUACGAAAAUUGUUGCCCAAGUAUUGUUACGUGGCCAUGGACACUGAGUUUCCUGGAGUGGUAGCCCGACCUAUUGGUGAUUUUAAAACGACCGCUGAUUAUCUGUAUCAACUGUUACGGUGCAAUGUCGAUUUGUUAAGAAUCAUUCAAUUGGGGCUUUCGUUUUUUGAUGAAGAUGGCAAAACACCGACGGGACCCUAUACGACAUGGCAAUUCAACUUUAAGUUCAAUCUAUCCGAAGACAUGUACGCUCAAGACAGCAUUGAACUAUUGACAAAUUCUAGAAUUCAGUUUAAGAAGCACGAGGAGUUUGGAAUUGAACCAUUAGUUUUUGCCGAAUACAUAAUAACGUCCGGUUUGGUGUUGAUCGACAAUAUCAAAUGGAUGACAUUCCAUAGCAGUUUUGAUUUCGGUUACCUGGUAAAAGUGCUGACAGACGAGAAGUUGCCGCAAGAAGAGUCUGAUUUUUUUGACAUGUUCUCGUUGUAUUUUCCCUGUGUUUACGAUAUCAAGUAUUUGAUGAAAAGUUGCAAGAACCUAAAAGGCGGUCUGCAAGAAGUCGCCGACCAACUAGAGUUGAAACGAAUUGGACCACAACAUCAAGCCGGCAGUGACUCACUGUUAACGGGCAUGGCAUUUUUCAAAAUAAGAGACAUGUACUUUGAAGGGAUGAUUGAUAGUAAAAAAUAUUGCGGCCAUUUGUACGGAUUGGGCAUUACUACAUUGAAUAAUGGCCAAAUACGGUACGAUAAUAAUGACCCUCCACCUAAUUGAAAAAUAUCAGUAUCGUAAAAUCUAUAAAAAAAUUAAGUACAAUAGAGUUUUUUAUUUUUACUGACCUCAUUUAUUUGGCAUCCAUUAAUUUUAUAUUGUCUACCAAUAUUGUGAGUUUUUUAAUCUAAGAAAAAAAUUAUUAUUAUUUUAUCGAGAACUUUUUUUCUUAAUAUUUGUUUAUAAAAACUAAAUUCGCCAAAUUUGAAAUGUAUUUUGAAAAAGAAAAUAUUGGACCUCACUUAGUAUAAACACAGAUUAGAUAAAACUAUCUAAUUUUAUCUAAUCUGUGGUAUGAAUUUGUAUGUUAAGGAAAUAAAAGAAACAUAUUGUUUUUUUA